CUUUGACUUAGAGCUUGAUUUGAAGAACAAAAUAUUUAAAAUUCUGAAAGGUGAAUGUGCAACUUAAUAGGUGGCAGGUAAAUGGCAACCUAGUCGUUUUUUCUUUGUUUGUUUGUUUUUUUUUUUUACUAAUUUUCUCAAGCAAGAGGCAAGCCAAGGUAAUCAGGCCUUUCAGUUCAGCUGUUCACCAUACUCAUCCUAGCCAUCAGCACUGAACUAUAUUUACCAGCUUCCUGGGUUACACAAGCCUGCCAAGGGGUGUGCACAAACCCUCAACCCCUUCCUCUGUCCUCCGGAUAAGCCGGGUUCUCUGUCACUGCCAUAGAAAACACACAAAAUGCUUGGGACCACUGUGGGAGCAAACAAGGGGAGGGUCACAUGUGAGCCCUGGACGACAGCAGCCCUCCAGACUAUUCUCGGUAACUGGAAUGUACACAGCGACCUCAUGGCAAACUCCAAACUUGAGACCUCGUGUCUUUCUCCGUGUCACUUUUGACUGUGUCGUCUUUGAAAGAGAAAUCCGGGAGAAAUGUAUUUGCGUUUAUCCUGUUGAACUGUGCCUCAUUCGUCAUCAAAUUGAGUGUAAAGAACAAACAGCAUGGCUAGUACAUCAGAGAUCUUUCCAUUCAAGGACCAAGAGCUCCCUGCUCACCUCCUGUUUCAGUUGAACAUACUGAGACAUGAGCAGAUCUUCACUGAUGUGAUCUUGUGCACCGAAGACAAAGAGAUCCCAUGCCACAGGAACGUCUUGGUUUCUAGCAGCCCGUACUUCCGAGCCAUGUUCUGCAGCAACUUCCGGGAGAGCAGCCAGGCUAGAGUGGACCUGAAAGGCAUCGCAUCGGAGGUCAUCGAAUGUGUUGUGGAUUACAUCUAUACUGGUACCAUCACCAUCACCAUGGAGCUGGUGCUGCCCCUGAUGCAGGCGGCCUCCAUGCUGCAUUACGGGAGGGUCUUUGAGGCCUGCUCCACCUUCUUACAGGAACAGCUCAAUCCGGAAAACUGCCUGAGCAUGAUCCGGCUCUCCGAGAUCCUUCAUUGCGAAAGCCUCAAGGAGAGAGCCAAAGAAAUGGCUGUGCGGUGUUUCUCGGACGUAGCUGCUUCUGAGGACUUCUGCGAACUCUCUCUUCCUGAGCUAAUGUGCUACCUGGAGGACGACCGACUGUGCGCGGAGGAAGAGCAGGUUUUUGAGACGUUACUUGCUUGGAUCCACCAUGACCCCUUUUCCAGGCGAGGAGCCAUUCAUGACCUCUUUAAGAAGGUCCGGCUGCGGUACAUCCAUCCGACGUACCUCUUCCAGUUUAUCGCCAAUGAUCCGCUCGUCCAGUCCUCUACGCUGUGCACCGAGAUCAUUGAGUCUGUGCGACGUCUGAUGUUUUCCGUAAGCGCCAAAUGCACUCAAGAGCUGAAACCUCUUUGGACCACACCACGCCGUUACACCUGCCGGGAGACUCUGGUGGUGGUUGGAGGCCGCAAGAACAAUGAACAGACAUCUCGAGAGGCGCUUCUCUAUGACGAACGGACGCAACGGUGGCAAUGGCUCGCCAAACUACCUCUGCGACUCUACAAGGCGGCGUACGUGUGUAUUCACAGUAUUCUGUACGUGGUUGGUGGCCUCAGCCUAAGUCUGGCAUCUGGAGACAGUGCAGUUAGCUCCACAGUUUAUACUCUCUCAUUGAAGACCAACCAGUGGAGGACUGCCGAGCCCAUGCUGGGGCCACGUUACGCCCAUCAGUGUGUCUCCUACCUUCACUUCAUCUUUGCUCUUGGUGGAAUAGGGCAGGAUAAGCAGAUCUCAAAUAUGGUGGAGCGCUACAACAGCAUGUUCAAUCAAUGGGAGGCCAUGGCGCCGAUGCCCACAGCAGUCCUACACCCUGCAGUCGCAGCCAACGAUCAGAGGAUUUAUGUGUUUGGAGGCGAGGAUGCCCUGCAGAAUCCAGUGAGACAAAUACAGGUUUAUCACAUCUCCCGUAACUUGUGGUCUAGACUGGAAACCAGGACAGUGAAGAACGUCUGCGCACCUGCUGCUGUGAUAGAAGACAAGAUUUACAUUGUUGGAGGAUACACAAGAAGAGUUAUUGCCUAUGACACCAAAGCUAAUAAAUUUGUGAAGUGCACCAACAUGAAGGAGAGAAGGAUGCACCAUGCAGCCACAGUCAUCAAUAACAAACUCUAUGUGACCGGAGGACGUUUCCUCAACAGUCAUGAUGUCAUCGAAGACUCAGACUGCUUUGAGUGCUACGACCCUAAAACAGAUGUAUGGACUUCUAAAGGAUCGUUACCGUACAAACUGUUUGAUCAUGGUUCACUGUCGCUGAUUUGCGUCUCCAACCGCUCCAACCCACCGUGACUGCUCAGAGAACGCAACAUCUCUGCUUGGGCGUCCCGUUCGCUCCCCUACUCAUUAAGGGACAUGAGAAAUAUGGGGCCACAGCUGAGACUGGAAACCAUCUGAGGAAGGUGGCAUUCGUUUGUGGGUUGAGUACAUCUCAGCUGUGGCUUUGAUGUUGAUGGUAUGCUGCUGGUGCUCGCCAGCAUCUGUGCCGUCUUAAAUCAAAAGAGAUUCGAGCUGGCAACUGCAAGUGUCACAGUGGACCUCAGGGAGCGAGCCCAGGACCUCAGAGCAAAACGGCAGACUUAUGCAGUCUACAUCUGUCCCUGCAGAACUGUGACCCGAAAAUCUUCAGACAGAUGUUUCUCAUCAUGAUCUCCUUCUUUCAGAACGGCUUGAGCAGCCAAAUUUUAGUCAAUAGUGCCUUGUUAGCAUGAAUCUAAUUGGAAUAUGGCAAUAAUUGGAUGUGACAAUCUUUUUAGCCAGAGUAAAAUCUACAAGAAUGACUGUUGGAUGAAGUGCUGUGGUGUGUGGUCAGUUCUAUGUAAUUAACGAAGGCCGAAAACAAACCUAAUGGAUCAUGAAAUGCUUGAUGCACCAUGCACGCUAAAAGUAUGUGGACACCUGCUUCUAAUUAACAUGGUUUACUUUUCCGCUACACGCAUAUCUAACAGAUGCAUAAAAUCAUGCAAACAGCCAUGCAAUCUGCUGAGAUGAACAUUUUCAGUGUAAGGGGAUUUUUUUCUGUUCCAGCAUGACAAUGAACCCAUUUUGGGGUUUGGAACAUGGAAAUUAACUGGGGUAAACAUUUAGAGAUGCACAAGGGUGAUUAUAUUCAAAUCAAAUAUGCUUUUUUGGUUUCCAAUUGCUCCAUCAGCAAACUAAUAAUACUACAAAAAUACAAAUACUGUGCAUAUUUGUUUCACACUGAACAACAAUAAUUACUGUAUUUGUAUUACUGUGAGGGGUAGGUGUAGAAGUUAAUGAAACAUAAUGUAGCAAAUAUAUUUUAUUCUUACUUCGCAGCUGCAAACUUUUUUGAUCAACUUCAAAUGUUGACUACUACAUAAAAAAUACUGGGUUAAUUGGAGGAGAAAUAGACCAUUACAGUCUGUGAAAAUUAAUCCACAAUUAAUCCAUACACUAAUAGGGUUAUGUCUGUGAACCAGAUAUGCGAUGUCAUUUUCACAAACUGUAAUUAAAUGUUACCUGAAGCUGCUAGUUGACAAUUGCCUUCUGAGCCUUUUCCAUGACCAAAAUAUAUUGCUUGAUUUAUUUUAUUUUAUUUUUUUGUCUGUUGACAAAAAGGUAUGCUACAUAUCUGUAAUAAAACUUGUUCAAUGGACAAUAUAAACUGCAUGACUAGGCUAUACUGUAUAUAAUUAUAAUAACAACUAAUAGAUACAUAUACAUGCAUACAUACACACUGUGCUCCAUAUUAUGUAAGUUACAUCAGUAGGAUUUCAGUCAAAUAAACCUUAUUAUUAAUAAUUUUUCUAGUUUUUCCAAGGAAAGUGUUUUAUUUCAUGUAUCUUGAGCAUAAAUGUCUUGCAAAUGGCAUAAAAACAAUUCAUAUUUUAAGAAAACUGAAUAGAGAUCAUUAAACAUAAUAUGAACACAUUGUGCGCAAACACACAGGUAAAUGAAUGAAUUGUGAUGUCCACAUAUUUUUGGCCAUAUAUUUUAUUUCUCAUUUCCCCUUUGUAGCAAAAAAAAAAAAAAAAGAAGAAGAAGAAAAAAAAGCUUUGAUGAUAAAAA